AUGGCUACCAAGGAAGCGGUCACUCACUCCUCUGGGGAGAAAGAGGAGACGGGAACCGACACGCCUUCCAGCAGCGAAGAUGCUCAUGACACUAUAAACACGCCUGAUAAAGGGGUGUCUGACCCUUCUCCCCCAUCGGAACCGAAGAAAAGCACCAUCGAAGCACAAGACUCUCGCCUGACGACGAGCACCAGCAACCAGAGGCCGUACUCGGCCUUCUCCAACCGCGCCAAAUGGUUCAUCGUGACCAUGACCGCCAUGGCGUCCUUCUUCUCCCCCUUGUCCGGCCAGAUCUACUAUCCGGUCCUCCCCAUCCUGACCAGGACGUACCACCUCUCAUCGUCGCUGAUCAACGUCUCCAUCACCACGUACAUGGUCUUCCAGGGCCUCGCGCCCAGCUUCAUGGGCACCUUCUCCGACGCCAGCGGGCGACGGCUGGGCUACAUCCUGGCCUUCACCAUCUACACGGCCGCGAACAUCGGGCUGGCGCUGCAGGAUAGCUACGCCGCCUUGCUCGUCCUGCGGUGUCUGCAGAGCGCGGGGAGCAGCGGCACCGUCGCGUUCGGGUACGGCGUCAUUGCCGACAUCGUCACCACGGGCGAGCGUGGGAAGUUCUUUGGGCCCAUGGCGGCCGGGGUCUUGACGGCACCCGCCCUCGGACCGACCAUUGGGGGUCUUUUGACGCAGUUCUUGGGCUGGAGGGCCGUGUUCUGGUUCCUCACCAUCAUCAGUGGCGGCUACCUGGUGGUGUACAUCAUUCUGAUGCCCGAGACGCAUCGCAAGAUCGUCGACGACGGGAGCAUCGUGCCGUACCAGUGGUGGCGCCAGUCCGUCGUGCAGUACAUCGCCGGCCGCCGGCGGCUGAAGCGAAUGAGCGCCGACGAGAGGCACAACUACGAGCAGACGCGGCAGGCCCUUGCUGAGAAGCAGCGAGACGCGAGGAUCCGGUUCCCCAACCCGCUCGGGUCCUUUGUCAUCCUCACGAACCCCGACGCGUUCUGUCUCAUCCUGUACACCGGCAUCAUGAUGUUCAGCAACCUGGUUCUGAUGACGAGUACCCCGACCGUGUUUCCCAGACUCUAUGGACUCAACGAGCUGCAGGUGGGGUUGUGCUUCUUACCACUCGGUAUCGCUGCGAGCAUCGGCUCCAUCUGCAACGGCCGCCUGCUUGACUGGAACUACCAGCGGACUGCCCGCAGGCUGGGGGUGAUGGUGGACCGCAAGCGGGGCGACGACCUGCGCGCAUUCCCGAUCGAGCGCGCACGCCUGCAGGCCGUGUUCUUCUUCCAGGCCGUGCAGGUCGCGGCGCUGGCGCCGUACGGGUGGGCGCUGCAGCGCCACGCCGCGCUGGCCGUGCCGCUGGUGCUGCAGUUCGUGCUGGGCUUCAGCCUCGUGGUCGCCUCCAACUCCAUCAGCACCCUGCUCUCCGACAUCUACCCGGGCAGCGUGUCCACGGCCUCGGCCGCCUCCAACCUGGUCCGCUGCCUCUUGGGCGCCGUUGGCGCCGCCGUCGUCGACGACAUGCUCACCGGCCUGGGCCUGGGCUGGUGCUUCUUCCUUGUCGCCAUGCUCAUGGCCGCUGCCACGACGUUGCUCUGGGUCGAGGUCCGCUGGGGCAUGGGCUGGCGGCAGAAGCGGUGGCGCAAGCUGGAGGAGAAGAAGAAGCAGGCCGAGCGGGAGAAGAGUGGGCAGGCUUGA